AUGACAGCACCCAUUGUUGACAUCGAGCGCCGGCAGCUCGACCUCAGCCCGUCUGGAGAUGCUGGAACAGCAGGCCAGACAGAACAGGCAGAGGCACCCCCUGAUAAUCAGGAGACUGGAGGUGCGGCCGCCGGUAAUAGUGACCAGGCCGCUGAUGCUACACCAACUCAGCAACAGGAACCAACCGCUAGCACUAACAAUGACGACGCUUCAUCCCAACCCACCCAGCAGCAGCCAGACCCAGCUCAAUCCGACAGUAACAGCAAUGAUAACAGCGACAACGCUCAGCAAACACCUGCCCCUAGCCCGUCCGAGAGCGAUAACAAUAAUCCUGUGCAACCCACGAGCAACCAAGAGACAGAGACCGCUCAACAACCGACGCCGUCUAGCAGCCAGGAGCAACCACAGCAGUCGACGAGUCAAGAGCAGCAACCAACAACUUCUGCUGAUUCUUCAUCAGAGACACAGUCAUCUUCUGCAAACGAGACUUCGUUGUCUGCUAGUAGCAUUGAAUCAUCCGCUUCGAACAGUAGCAGCAGCAGCACACCCACAGUAUCGGACAGUGCGGAUUCAUCGUCUGGCGAUACAAAUACAGGUGCCAUAGCCGGCGGUGUAGUUGGCGGCGUAGUCGGCGCUGCUAUCAUUGUUGGUCUUUUAGCUUUUCUGUUUAUCCGGCGUCGUCGUAAUCGAAAAGAGCGGCGAUUGCAGCAAGAACGUGAUGAUAUUUUUAACAGUGGAUACGACAAUCUGGCACCUGAUCACAGCGCAAGCAACAGCCACACACCGACCAUGUCAGCACGUGCAUUCGUUGCACCUGGCACAACAGGAGGCAUGGACAGCGAACGGUAUUAUCAGGAACCCGAGUAUUUACCACCGGCACAUCAUCAGUAUUACCAGCAGCAAGCCAUGCAGGAAUAUUAUCCCUAUGCUGAGCAUGAUCGUUCGACGGUUAGCGGACCGGAUUACAAUAACCACGAAUACAACAAUUACAUGUCGCCCACAUCGCCCACAUCCGACAACAAUAACACUUCGCCUGGUGACAUGAACAACUAUUACAACUCGGCAGCAGGUACAGGCUAUGCCAUUCCUGCACACCAUGAAGACAUGUACAAUCAACACCAUUUGGAUAAGCCUGAUGCUAAGGAUGGUCAAUAUUAA